CUCUUCAGCUCAGCCCUCCACAAAGUGUGAGCCUGAAGGACCACCCUGAAUUGCCCUUGUAGGACCCAGAACAGCUACCAGCAGAAUCAGAUUCUCAUGGACCAACUGGUAUUCAAAGAGACAAUCUGGAAUGAUGCGUUCUGGCAGAACCCCUGGGACCAGGGGGGCCUGGCAGUGAUUAUCUUAUUCAUCACCGCUGUCCUGCUUCUCAUCUUAUUUGCCAUCGUGUUUGGUUUACUCACUUCCACAGAAAACACUCAGUGUGAAGCGGGUGAAGAGGAGUGACCUGACUUCCUGGGGACUGAGAUGGCAGCAGGGGAGGCGAGCUGACCUGCCCCCAUUCCAGUGGUGGGCCCCUUUGCAGUUCCCUCUGGCUCAGGGGCCAAGCCCUGGUGUCUUCCUUUCCCACCAGGAAAAAGUCUAGUAAAAUACUGUAUCUGGCUUAGGGUUGGUCAGACUAGUAAGAUGGGGAGGCUGGUCUGAGACCAAUUCUGGCUCCUUGACCCUAUUGUUUUUAGGGUUCCCCGACCAGAACCCUAAAAGCACAUGGAGGGGACGGCUCCACUGCCUCAGGUGGAAGGAGCUAUGGCUAACAAGGUUCUCUAACAGGCUCACAGGCCCAGCCAGCAAUUUCACAAAUCCUUGACAGAGAAAGACACAACCAAAUGAAAUAAAAAUUCCUUUUCAAAUCUG